UGGACGACACGAAGCUGUACCUCGUCAUGGAAUAUGUCGAGGGGGGGGAGCUAUUCAGCCACUUGCGCUCCUGUGUAAGAUUCCCCGACCACCAAGGGAAGCUCUACACGGCGGAGAUAGUACUCGCUUUCUCCUAUCUGCAUAGUCUAAACGUGGUCUACCGUGAUCUCAAGCCCGAGAACCUCCUCAUCACACGAGAGGGGCGGAUCAAGGUGACUGACUUUGGCUUCGCCAAAGUUGUCGAGGAUCGGUGA